AGAGAACUUGAUUAGAUAGGUUGGUUGGCAUGUAUAGUUGCUAGUUUUUAAUUAUAAAAAGGGGAAUUUAGAAACCCACUCAGAGAGCUGAAGUUGCUUAUUUCUCUUUCUUUUCUUACUGAAAACACACAAACCAAUCUAACUAAAAACUUUUAGAUCACUUUUUCCAUAUUGCAUGGCCGCUAAUUUGAAGAAUCCAGGAGGGUUUUUGAUCAGUUCAGCCAAGAAAUUUGUCCAUCAGAUCUGGAGCAACAACCCUUCCUCACCUUCCACUACUAUUUUCUGGAGGGCGCACGUUGGAGGAUCAGUGUAUGACAAGAACGUGGAUGACCAGGUUCGUCCAACUAUAGUACCAGAUGAUGUUGUCGAGGCUUCGGCAGACAAGUACUGGGGACCGAAUCCACGCACAGGAGUUUUUGGGCCGGCCAGUCAGGAAGGUGGCAAUGGAGGCAUCAAACUGCAACACGGAAAUGGUGGUGGUGAGAGUGCUGAGUCAGUGUUGGGACAGAAGGCGCGGUUUCGACCACUUGAGGACAUUGAGAAACCCCAAGCAAAUUAGCUGAUCUUAAUUAUGUUUAAGACUUUAAGUAAUACAAAGUUAAUUAAAUGAGAUCAAAAAAGUCUUUAAGAAGGAUGAUUAAUAUAUGUAAUGUAACGUAAUAUCCUUGCUUAAUAUUAUUAGUAAAGAUUGUCAUAAGGAUGAUGGGUUCUUCCCAUCUUAACCACGGCAGUAAAAAGGUUUUUAUGUUAUCAUCAUGCUUGUUGCAUUGGUUGCGCUA